UGAUGAACUGGACGUCACGUACGCAAAGGAUUGCAACGUGGACGGUGUACCUUCGAGGCUAUGAUUUUCGAUUAAUUUUUUUUCUCGAGUGGCUCCCGAUAUCACGUACGAGAUGGAAAUGAGUGACGAGCUCGAACAGAUAUAAGAAAUUAACCUAAAACGAUAGAUUCGUCUGUAUAUAAACAAGGCACUCGAAUUGCACUUGCUUCUCUCCAUAUAGAAUCAUAGUUGACUUUUAGGAUAUAUCAUGUCUCGUCUAUUGUUGUCUCAUGAUCUUACGUUGUUGUCAAAGAGUAUAUGGCCUAGAAAUAAAUAUAAACAGAUCCAUCAUUUCUGUAAAAUUCUGGUGGUUGGAGGCGGUACUGCCGGCUGUUCGAUGGCUGCAAAACUGUCAAGAAAAGUAAAUGAUCCAGAGCAAGUUAUCGUGCUGGAACCCAACGAUGUACAUUAUUAUCAACCCUUGUUUACUUUGGUUGGCGGUGGUAUCAGUUCUUAUGCAUCAUCGAAAAAGUAUAUGAAAGAUGUUUUGCCAAAGAAAGUGAAAUGGUUGAAAACCUCUGUCGUUGAAUUUCAACCAGAUGUUAACAAAGUGUCAACACAUCAUGGAGAUACUAUACAAUAUGACAUUAUGAUUGUUGCACUUGGUUUGCAAUUGUAUUGGGACAAAAUUCCAGGCCUGUUGGACAGCGUAUAUGAUCCUGAUACUCAAGUAUGUUCUAUUUAUGGACCUGAUACUGUACCUCACGUUUAUGAAAAAAUAAAAAACGCUGGACAAGGAACUGCAAUAUUCACGUUACCAAAUACUCCGGUCAAAUGUCCAGGUGCACCUCAAAAGAUCGCCUAUAUUGCCGAAGACUACUAUCGCAAUCACAAAUUGCGAAAUAACAUCGACGUCGUAUAUAACACUGCGUUGCCAGUUAUAUUCGGAGUUAAGAAAUACGCCGAUUCCCUCUGGGACGUGUGUAAGCAGAGAGACAUCACUGUCAAUCUUCAAACUAAUCUGAUAAAGAUAGAUCCGAGCAAACGACAGGCCACGUUUGAAAAACUAAACUCGCCAGGAGAGACAUUAGUACAAGAAUAUUCUCUCCUCCAUGUAACACCUCCAAUGGGACCGCCUGCAGUUUUGAAAAAACAUCCAGCGUUGACUAACGAAGCCGGAUUUCUCUGUGUUGAUCCUAAAACGCUGCGACAUAUGAAAUAUCUAAAUAUAUUUGGCAUAGGCGAUUGCACAAGUACACCAAAUUCUAAGACAAUGGCUGCAAUAGCCGCACAGGGAAAAGUGUUGUAUCAAAAUAUAUUGGAUGAUUUGGCUGGCAAACCAAUGAUGAUGGCUUAUGAUGGUUACGCAUCAUGUCCAUUAGUUACCGGUUAUGGCAAGUGCAUUCUAGCAGAAUUUGACUAUAAUUUACAACCAAAGGAGACUUUCCCAGUGAAUCAAGGCAAAGAAUUUUACAUUAUGUUUUUGUUAAAGAAAUAUUUGUUCCCAUUCAUAUAUUGGCAUUUGAUGUUGAGAGGUUAUUGGAACGGACCAGAAUUCUUCCGCAAAUUUACAAAGAUUCUAAAGAAGGAUUAG